AUGAAAACACGGCAGCAGAAUAGCGUCUCCGGUGAUAGUCUUCCCAUCAUCACCCCGCGCAAUACGCAAUCGAAGACCUCAGAGAAGUCCUCCUCAUCGGCGAUCCCAGUUGAUAUCCUGAUCGAGAUAUUCUCGACGCUUUCGGUGAAGUCUAUAGCGACAUGUCGUUGCGUAUCGAAGCUUUGGUACUCCACACUCCACCGUUCAGAUUUCACCGAGCUGAUCUUGAGAAGGUCUUGUUCCACAAGCCCUAAGCUAUUGUUCGCAUGCAGAAAAAAAAGAGACGUCUUCUUCUUCACGUCACCUCAGCCUCAAAAUCCAGAUGAGAAGUCGUCUCCUGUAGUCGCCAGUUGCCAUAUGACGUUCACCUUUAAUGACAUCAAUGACAUCAGUUAUGGUGUCCAUGGCCUUGUCUGUCUUUUGAGUAACCGAAUCUCAAAGGGAAAAGAGGAGAUAGCGCCGUUGAUAUGGAACCCUAGCACCGGGGAAUCGGGAAUCUUACCCAAGGUGGAGACGAGGAGAGGAGCUACGGUGAAUUUCUUGCUUGGUUAUGAUCCGAUUGAUAAACAAUUCAAGGUACUGUGCAUGACAAAGCGAAGGCCAUUAUAUCGAAGUCACCGGGACCAACAUCAAGUUCUGACAUUAGGAACAGGAGGAAAAAUAAAUUGGUCAUGGAGAAGGAUCGAGUGUUCCAUACCCAGUUACGCUCUAAUUAAACCGAUCUGCAUCAAUGGUGUUGUGUAUUAUAUAUCUAUUAAACGGUCUAAAGGGACUUGUGUCGUAGUUUGCUUUGAUGUUAGAUCAGAGAGUUUCAGCUUUAUGAAAGCCACGGGGGCUCUCAAUGGAGCAUUGCUUAAUGGAGGAACUCUGGUAAACUAUAAUGGUAAAUUUGGUGUGGCUCAGUCUCUAUUUUCUGAAAAAAGUAAAAGUUUGAAGUUGUGGGUUUUAGAACAUGUGGAGAAAGAGGAAUGGUCUGAGCGUAUAUACGUAUUGCCUGCUUUGUGGAAGGACGUAGUUGGAAAAUCUGAGUUACGCUGUGUUGGAGUGACUCGGACAAAUGAGAUUGUGUUCUCGUCGUACGAUCGAGAAUACUCUUUUUACCUUUACUAUCUUAAUCUGGAGAGGAACACUGUCGUAAGAGUUGAAAUCCAAGGAAUGAAUAUGUCUAAGUCUAAGUGUUGGGUAUACUUCACUUGUCUAGACCAUGUAGAGGAUGUGAAGCUCUAUCGUAAGUGUUUUUAG